AUGUCUCUUCUCUUCACUUCAUCUCCUCUUCCAUGCACUCAUGAAUGUAGGUUUUCAUCUUUUUCACGAGGCCCAAUCACCAGAAGCAGCAAUUCCCUUCGAGUUGCUAAUCGGAGUCGAAUUACUGCAUUUUUCUUCAAUCCUGCACAAGACCCUAUUGUCAAAGAAGUUUUCAAGGAACCAGUGGCAUUCUUAGGUGGCGUGUUUGCGGGUAUUUUAAGGCUUGAUUUGAACGAGGAGCCUCUCAAGGAAUGGGUUACGAGGACCGUUGAAGCUUCUGAUAUCAGUGUAGAAGAAACUAAUGCAGAAGGGUCAACUACGGAAGCUGCUCCGCAAGAGAUUGAAAUUGAAUAA